UUAUUUGGUCCAUAUUAGCCCUCCCUUUUGUAUAGGUUUGACUGCUUUUUGUGAGAUUUUGAUGAUGUUUCUGUAUGAAAAUGGAUUAAAUGAAGAAAGGUCGAAGAUGACAAUGGCUGAAUAAUACCGAUAUUGAAAGACGAGCUGGUCAGAGAUGCUCGGUCUCCGCGGUUACAGGGCGUACUUUUCUACCCGUUGUGAGCCAGAGCCGCUACACGUGAAACGCAAGCUGAAAAGCUUUACAAAACGCAUAGACACCCAACAUAAAACGCAAAAAUAAAGAAAAAGCAAAGCCUGCCCCCGUCAGCUUUCUUGCACCUUCCUCUCCCAUCUCCUGUGUCACCAAUUACCUGCAGAGGUAUAUAUAUAUAUACCCAUGUCAUUCGUGAAGCACCCAUAACAUCUUUCUCUUCCAAUCUCUCUCUAUCUCUCACACAAACACACACACAAUGAAGGAAACCAUAGUGUUGUAUCCGUCUGCUUCCUCACACCACAUGGUCUCCCUAGUAGAACUAGGAAAGCUAAUCAUUCAACACCACCCCCACUUGACCAUAACAAUCCUAGUCUCAACCAUCCCUUCCGAAGCAUCCGCCACUUCCUCAUACAUCGACCACCUCUCCAAAACCAAUCUCCCCAUCUCCUUCCACUCCCUCCCCUCAAUCCACCUCCCCCCACCCCAACACUCUCACGACAUCCAAGCCCAAAUAGUCAACGCCUCCAAGCUCAUCCUCCUCACCGCCCCCCACGUCGUCGACUCCCUCCGAACCAUCUCUCUGUCCUCCUCUGUUCUCGCCCUCAUAACCUCGGUUGUCCACCCCUACUCCGAUGACACCCUCAACAUCCCAACUUACUACUACUGCACCUCUUGUGCUUCUACUCUUGCCCUUUUUCUCUACUUGCCAACCCUCCAUGGUCAAACCACCAAAAGCUUCAAGGAUCUCGGCAGCACUCUGUUGCACAUUCCUGGACUACCACCCAUCAAAGCUUCCGACAUGCCUCAGCCUCUUCUCCAACGGGACGACCCCACUUACCAUUUCUUCCUUAACAAUGCCUCUCCUACCCAAAUCAAAGGGGUUCAUAGUAAACACGUUUGACUCACUUGAGCCACUUGCAAUCAAAGCCAUAGCCGAUGGUGCUUGCGUUCCAAACGGUCUAAUUCCGCCGGUGUACCCUAUUGGGCCGCUGAUCACAGAUGCCAAAGAUAGAGCCAGCGCCAGCAGCUCAAGCGAUGCAUCGUCGGAAUGUUUAGAUUGGUUAGAUACACAGCCGAGCAGAAGCGUUGUGUUCUUGUGCUUUGGUAGAAAAGGCACGUUUUCUGAAGAGCAACAUGAAAAGAUUGCAAUUGGGUUGGAGAGAAGCAACCAAAGAUUCUUGUGGGUGGUGAAGAGUCCACAGGGUUCAACAACUACAGAACCAAACUUGGAGGUGAUAUUGCCAAAAGGGUUUUUGGAGAGGACAAAAGAAAGGGGUCUGGUGGUGAAGUCUUGGGCUCCACAGAGUGAAAUUCUGAGCCAUGAAGCGGUAGGCGGUUUCGUGACGCACUGCGGGUGGAACUCGGUGCUAGAAGCGGUGAGUCACGGCGUGGCGAUGGUGGCGUGGCCAUUGUAUGCUGAGCAGCACGCGAAUGCUGUGGUUUUGGUGGAGGAAAUGAAGCUGGCAAUACCCAUUAACAUGGCAACAUCUUCUGAGGAGGAGGUGAGUUCAGAGGAGGUGGAAACGAGCGUGAGAAAGCUGAUGGAAUUGGAGGAAGGAAAAAUUCUCAGAAAGCGAAGUCUUGAUAUGAGAGCGAUGGCAAGGGCGGCUUGGACCAGUGGUGGGACUUCCUUCGCUGCCUUUUCCAACUUGGUGGCUUCUUGGAAGCUAGGAUGAUAAUUUGCUUCAAUUUUCAUGCAAUUUUUUGACUAGUAAUAAUUGGA